GGCUCGAAGGGGCGGGGAGGAAAAGACAACUUCGUUACGCUUCGAGAAAGGGGCGGGGCCUGCAACGUCGUACUGAACGAGGGGACGCAACGGAGGCAGGCCGGAGCCGCUGCCGUCGCCAUGACCCGCGGUAACCAGCGCGAGCUCGCCCGCCAGAAGAAUAUGAAAAAGCAGAGCGACUCGGUUAAGGGAAAGCGCCGAGAUGACGGGCUUUCUGCUGCCGCCCGCAAGCAGAGGGACUCGGAGAUCAUGCAGCAGAAGCAGAAAAAGGCAAACGAGAAGAAGGAGGAACCCAAGUAGCUUUGUGGCUUCGUGUCCAACCCUCUUGCCCUUCGCCUGUGUGCCUGGAGCCAGUCCCACCACGCUCGCGUUUUCUCCUGUAGUGCUCACAGGUCCCAGCACCGAUGGCAUUCCCUUUGCCCUGAGUCUGCAGCGAGUCCCUUUUGUGCUUCCUUCCCCUCAGGUAGCCUCUCUGCCCCUGGGCCACUCCUGGGGGUGAGGGGGUUACCCCUUCCCAGUGUUUUUUAUUCCUGUGGGGCUCACCCCAAAGUAUUAAAAGUAGCUUUGUAAUUCCUUGAGCGCCUGGUUUGACUGGGGAUUUGGGGGGAUGGGGAUGGAGGAAUGGCUGCCCUUUCCCACCAAGAGGGGAGAGAACUUCAGACUCUGAAAGGAUGUGGAUAUGUAGACUAAGUGAAACAUCACAGGAAAAAAUUCUUUUUUGUACUGCAACAAACAGGUAUUCUGGGUAUGUGGUAGAGAAAUCCUCUAAGAGCCUUAGGGACUUCUUUUCUGUGAUUUUUUUUUUGUCCCCCACUCAGACCCUGAACAUCAUCCUACGGAUGGAGUUGAGGUCCUAAGAAGGAAGGCUGCAAGACCUAAAUUUAUGCCCCUCUUCCUCAUUCUUCCUCAGUUUGUUUGCCUGCUUGGAAGUUGGCCCAGAUCCUGCUGCUCACUGACUUCCCAUGGUUAGCUGCUCUCAAGUGGUCACAUUCUCUUCUGUUCUGUCAUUCCUCAUGUGAGGGUGGUUUUUGUCGUCCCAUUUCCUUUGACCUCAACAUCAGGAUUAAAACCUAGGGUAGUCUCUGUGCUCCUUUC